AUGGCGGCGACUGCUGCGUGGCAGCCCCAGGAAGAGGGCUUCAAGGAGAUCUGUGGAUUGCUGGAGCAGCAGAUUUCUCCUUCUGCAUCUGCUGACAAGUCUCAGAUUUGGCAGCAACUACAGCACUACUCCCAGUUGCCUGAUUUCAACAAUUAUCUCGCUUUUAUACUUGCACGUGCUGAGGGAAAGUCAGUUGAGAUUCGACAGGCUGCAGGCUUAUUUCUGAAGAAUAACCUAAAAAACACGUAUAAAUCUAUGCUUCCUGCAUACCAGCAAUAUGUGAAAUCAGAGUUGCUGCCUUGUCUUGGAGCACCAGAUAGGCACAUCAGGUCUACGGUGGGAACCAUUAUUAGUGUUGUUGUUCAGCUAGGAGGGGUUCUGGGGUGGCCUGAGUUGUUGCAAGCUCUUGUGAAUUUCUUGGACAGUAAUGAUCUGAAUCACAUGGAAGGUGCUAUGGAUGCUCUAUCCAAGAUCUGUGAGGAUAUUCCCCAAGUACUUGAUUCAGAUAUUCCUGGGUUAGCAGAACGGCCCAUCAACAUAUUUCUGUCCAGAUUAUUUCGGUUUUUCCAGUCACCUCAUUCUUCAUUAAGAAAGCUUUCAUUGGGUUCUGUGAAUCAGUACAUAAUGUUGAUGCCUUCUGCAUUGUAUGUAUCCAUGGAUCAAUAUCUUCAGGGCUUGUUUAUUCUUGCAAAUGACCCUGCUGCGGAAGUGCGAAAAUUGGUUUGUUCAGCGUUUGUUCAGCUAAUUGAAGUCUAUCCGUCUUUCUUAGAGCCACAUCUGAGGAACGUAAUUGAAUACAUGCUACAAGUCAACAAGGACAAAGAUGAUGAAGUUGCUCUUGAAGCCUGUGAAUUUUGGUCUGCUUAUUGUGACGCUCAACUACCUCCAGAAAACUUGAGGGAGUUUUUGCCUCGUCUUAUUCCUGUAUUGUUGUCAAACAUGAUUUAUGCAGAUGAUGAUGAAUCACUUGCUGAAGCUGAGGAAGAUGGUUCCCUACCUGAUCGAGAUCAGGAUCUUAAACCUCGUUUUCAUGUAUCAAGACUCCAUGGAUCAGAUGAUAUAGAAGAUGAUGAUGAUGAUGUUGUCAACACAUGGAAUUUACGGAAAUGCAGUGCAGCUGCUCUAGAUAUUCUCUCAAAUGUAUUUGGAGAUGAAAUACUUCCAACAUUGAUGCCUAUCGUUCAGACCAAGUUGUCAAGCUCUGGUGAUGACGCUUGGAAGGAAAGGGAGGCUGCUGUCUUGGCUCUUGGGGCCAUAGGUGAAGGUUGCAUUAAUGGUCUAUAUCCUCAUUUGCCAGAGAUUGUGGCAUUUCUCAUCCCUCUUCUUGAUGACAAAUUUCCUCUGAUACGAAGCAUUUCAUGCUGGACACUCUCCCGUUUUAGCAAAUUUAUUGUUCAGGGUAUUGGGCAUCAGAAAGGCUAUGAGCAGUUCGAUAAUGUUCUUAUGGGUCUUUUGCGAAGAAUUUUGGAUGAUAAUAAGCGUGUGCAAGAGGCAGCUUGUUCAGCUUUUGCAACACUGGAAGAGGAGGCUGCAGAAGAUUUGGCCCCACGCUUGGAAGUUAUACUAAAGCACCUAAUGAUUGCAUUUGGGAAGUAUCAGAGGAGAAACCUCAGAAUUGUUUACGAUGCUAUUGGAACUCUAGCAGAGGCUGUUGGAGGUGAGCUAAAUCAGCCUGCUUACCUUGACAUAUUGAUGCCACCAUUAAUUGAGAAGUGGCAUCAACUUCCAAAUUCUGACAAAGAUCUUUUUCCGCUGCUGGAAUGUUUCACAUCUAUAGCUCAUGCAUUGGGUACUGGAUUCACUCCAUUCGCUGAGCCUGUUUUUAGAAGAUGCAUAAAUAUAAUCCAAAGCCAACGAUUUGCAAAGGUUGAUCCUGUUGCAGCUGGCGUUCAGUAUGACAAGGAAUUUAUUGUAUGCUCUCUUGAUCUGCUUUCUGGACUGGUGGAGGGUCUUGGCAGUGGAAUAGAGAGUUUGGUCUCACAAUGUUCUUUGAGGGACCUUCUUCUGCAUUGUUGCGUGGAUGAUGCUUCUGAUGUUCGACAAAGUGCCUUUGCUUUACUUGGCGACCUUGCAAGAGUGUGCCCAGUUCAUUUGCGCCCUUAUUUGUCUCAGUUUCUUGAGGCUGCUGCCAAGCAGCUGGAAAAUUCUAAGGUAAAGGAAGCUGUUUCAGUAGCAAACAACGCAUGCUGGGCUAUUGGAGAAUUGGCAGUUAAGGUUCAUCAAGAGAUUUCUCCCAUUGUCUUGACGGUUAUAUCAUGUCUGGUCCCAGUUCUUCAGCAUGCAGAGGGAAUCAACAAGUCACUUCUAGAAAAUAGUGCAAUAACACUGGGGAGGCUUGCAUGGGUUUGUCCAGAGCUUGUAUCACCGCAUAUGGAACAUUUCAUGCAAUCCUGGUGCAUGGCUUUGUCAAUUAUACGUGAUGACAUAGAGAAAGAGGAUGCUUUUAGAGGGCUAUGUGCUAUGGUCAGAGCCAAUCCUUCUGGAGGUUUAAGUUCUCUUGUUUAUAUGUGCAAGGCCAUUGCAAGUUGGCAUGAAAUAAGGAGUGAAGAUUUACACAAUGAAGUCUGCCAGGUCUUGCAUGGAUAUAAACAGAUGCUGCGCAAUGGAGCCUGGGACCAGUGCAUGUCUGCUUUGGAGCCCCCCGUAAAAGACAAGCUUUCAAAAUAUCAAGUAUAAUGGAUAUUUUCAAGACAACUUAAUUACUUGCCAGUGAACCCCAUUUUGCACUUUAUGAAUCUGCAUGGGCCUCGUUAGUCAUUGUGCAUUAGCCGGCAAUAUUGGAGUGAUGAUUCAUUUUGAGCAAAGGGUAUAUGCUCUGUCCAAGUUUUCAGUUACAGGCAUCGACACUUCAAAUUCAUUUGAGCAUGUUGAGUAUAGGUAGUUCCUCAGCUUACAAGAUCCCAGUUCGUGCUUCCAUUGGGAAAAAUUCUGUUAAUGGACGAAACGUGCUGUGAUGUACAGGGGGAGUUUUCCAAACUCUCUGAGUGCUGUAUUCAUUGUUUUGUCCUUAUGUUUAAAGGCGAAAAUUUUUAUUCGAGCCUUGUGUUCAUCAUUAUAGUGUUUGAUUAGUGAUUUUAGUUGAUAGGUCCUGAGCGUCUACAAAAAAUGAUAGGUAUUGCGUCUGAAAUUCAUCGAUUUUGCAGGGAUGAGUUGAGCUUGACAUUUUGUAGUUUCCUUCGUAUUUUAAUGUCUACAUUGGUUGUAAGUUGUAAAAUAUAUAUUUUUAAACGGUGAUCUGGUACAUAUGCUGCCUUGAAAAGUGCAGCAGUUGGAUUUUGAUUUGAGGAACAAUAAAUACUCGAACACAUCUCGUGUUUAUUGAACUA